GGUACCGACCCACCGUGACCGUCGUCAUCACUAGAUAUUUUCGUUUCUGCAAAGAAGUAGAACCGCCGUACUUCACGCACUUCAAUAUGUGGAUGAACACGGAGCCUUUGUGGGUGGAGUUGAACGAAUUGGGCGCCGAGACCGGGGCGGCCGAUCCGAAUUCGUACCGCCGGCGGCAGCUGCUAACCUGGCGGUUGUCCAAGUCCUACGUGCUCUACUGCCUGCUCCUGCUCGUCGCCUCCACCUUUUUGCUCUUCUACAACCUGAAGCGGUGGGUGCAGUACGGCCACCUGCCCGAGUGGGACCGGCACGUCUGGGAGGAGUGGCUCGAGAUUGGGAUCACCGUGUGCCUCACCGCCGAAACCGCCACGACGCUGUACCUGCUUGGCUUCCGGAAAUUCAUGCGGUCCUACUGGCUUCGGUUCGAUCUAGCCGUUGUCGUCGUUCUCUGGGUGUGCGUCUUUCUCGUCGCGUAUCCGCUGUGACAACCGUUGCGGCCUGAUGUCGCAUCAUCAAGGUUUAUCCCCAUAGUGGUGUUCAGCUGUCUUGUACUCGAGAAAAUAAAGACCUUUGUUGUGCAGUAGCGCACAUCUUGUCAGUACUGUGAUUGACCUAGAUUUGCAUUUUUGUUUCUAUACUCUCUUGUUCCGUUGCUGCCGUUUCUUUAGGGGGGAGAAAAUAAAGUUGUCACAAGUGAUACCUCCGCGUCCAAGCUCGGGUGGGUAUGGAUUGCAAAAAUGUCUGGGUCUGGAAACUUGUGAUGCUAAAAUGUGGAUGAUGAAAACCGUUCCGAAUGCAACACAGCAUGACAACUUUCCAGAGCGCUCUCUCAUAGGGAAUCCGCAUGAGAAACUGCGUUAUUUCCGCGUGUACAAAAGAUGCUGUGACUUUUGUUGGCUAUGCCAUACAGAUUUCCUAGGUAUGGAGAGCUAGCAUUGUUACAAGUUGCAACCUUCCAGACCCAGACGUUUUUGCGUUUGAUAGUGGGUGAUGACCGACAAAAACGCCGAGACGAAGAAGCAAGAGGACAGCAUGUUCGAGAAUCUGGAGCUUCCAUUUUUGAUUCUCCGCUUCACGGUGCAACCCCUUCGUGUCGUGUCGCAGAUCACGCAGCUGGUGCACCGCACGAGCACGAGUGCCGACGUGCCUACGACAAUGCACAACUCCCCCUCCCCAUCAUUUGUAUCAUGGCAUGAACAGCAAUACGAGCGUCAACAAGAAUGCAUGUGUUGCAUGACAAACUUGCACAGGAGUGUAGUGCUACUUGGACAACUGCCAGAACUUCUCAUUCGACCAGUUUGAAGAGGCAAUUCGUGGAGUUGGUGCAUUGCAUUACAAACGAGGCGGAGGGCGAGUUGUGCAUUCUCAUAUUUCCCGAGGUGGAUUUCGCAGCUUUGUCCCGUUCGAGUAACACCGCCGGAGGGGUGGAAGUAGGACAGCAACUCCCGAUGGGCCGCAGGGGAGUAGACGGUAUCAACACCUCAUACGAAAGAGGACCCUACGCGGCUAACUACUCGCGACCGGGACGCGAGUAG